UACCGGACAUUUGAUUUAGAAUUGCCACGUUGAGUCUCAGCAUAUUCUUUAUCCUCUCUUUCAGUUUUAUUUUAAAUUGAUAACGCCCUUUGCUUCUGGAGCACUCAUUUCUCAGUUCUUUAAAUUUCAAAAUGAAUACGCAAAUAUAUAUUGUCAAUUUCUCUACAUUCGGUGAAUUUAAUGAGAUUUGAGGUGUUAAAAGGGAUGUGAUAUGAAUUGUAUAUGAUGGGUACUCUUUAUUCAGCCGGAGCGAUAACAAGAUCAUUGGGCCUUUUCCAUAUUAAUAACUCUCUUGAUGCCAAACGGCUGUACAGCAAUAAUCCUUCUGCCAUUGCACGCCCUAAGUGUAAUGCAAUACACAAAGGACCCACAUCUUCUAUUCAAAGAAUAUCUCCGUACUCUGGUCUGAAAUGCUUGUUUUCAGGAAAACAGAGAGUAGCUCUGAAACAUGUUUGUUUGAAUUCUUCGAUGACUUUGAAGUCUUCUCCAGGUCCUCCGGAUGAUUUUAUGGUCAAAGAAAGUCACCAGCCACGCAGGAUAGCCCUGUUUGUAGAGCCAUCUCCAUUCGCAUACAUUUCAGGUUAUAAAAAUCGCUUUCAAAAUUUUAUCAAAUAUCUACGAGAAAUGGGUGAUGAGGUUAUUGUUGUGACAACUCAUAAGGGAGUACCUCAGGAAUUCUACGGGGCAAAAGUCAUAGGAUCAUGGAGUUUUCCUUGUCCUUGGUAUUCAAAAGUUCCUCUAUCCUUGGCAUUGAGCCCCCGAAUUAUUUGUGAAAUUGCAAAAUUUAAACCUGACAUUAUACAUUGUACAUCUCCAGGAAUUAUGGUGUUUGGUGCCCUUAUAAUUGCAAAGCUGUUGUGUGUUCCUCUCGUUAUGUCUUAUCAUACUCAUGUUCCAAUAUACAUUCCCAAAUACACAUUCAGUUGGCUUGUCAAGCCUAUGUGGUUGAUAAUCAAAUUUCUGCACAGAGCUGCUGACCUCACUUUGGUAACAUCAACUGUUCUUGCUAAGGAACUCAAAGCUGCAAGAGUAGCCGCAGCAUAUAAGAUCCGUCUUUGGCACAAGGGUGUUGAUUCCGAGAGUUUUCAUCCACGUUAUAGAAGUCAUGAAAUGAGAGUUCGUCUCACGAAUGGUGAACCACACAAGCCACUGAUUAUACAUGUAGGACGCCUUGGAGUUGAAAAGAAUUUGGGUUUUUUCAAAAUGCUUAUGGAUAGACUACCUGAUGUGCAACUCGCAUUUGUCGGAGAUGGACCCUAUAGAAUGGAACUUGAAGAAAUGUUUGCUGGGAUGCCUGUUGUAUUUACUGGUAUGCUGCAUGGGGAGGAACUUUCCCAAGCAUAUGCUAGCGGAGAUGUCUUUGUUACUCCUUCAGAAUCAGAAACCUUAGGUUUUGUUGUUCUUGAAGCCAUGUCUUCAGGUGUUCCUGUUGUAGCAGCACGUGCAGGUGGAAUUCCUGACAUUAUAUCUGCUGAGGAAGAGGGAAAAACAGGCUUUCUUUUUACUCCAGGAGACACUGAUGACUGUUUGUGUAAAAUUAAAUCACUACUAAACUCUCCUGAGCUUCAAUUGAGUGUUGGUAAGGCUGGUAGAGCAGAGGUUGAGAAGCAUGACUGGCGGGCAGCUACAAAAAAGGUACGUAAUGAGCAAUAUAAUGCUGCAAUCUGGUUCUGGAGGAAGAAGCGCUUUCAGCUCUUUCGGCGGCUUAGCUGGCUGUUAAGACGCACUCCUUUAAGAGCUCAUGUAUGUUUUUCCUAACUAUGGUGGCUAGUCCAAUGGUUAAGACACACUCCUUGUAUAAUCUAGGUUAGUUUGGUGAUUAAGAUACGCUUAUUGUAGAAUCCAAAUAGUGCCUAACGAUGAAGUUUGUUAUUGCUUUGUUCUUUUCAGUUGGUUUCUACAGGUAAAAUUAAUUUGUAAUUUUGUAAUUUGGCUGACAUAUUUAAUGAAUGUAUUAUUAUGUAUUUUUUA